AGUGAUUCCUUUCAAGAGUACUCGAGGUUCCCGAGAUAUGUAGAGAAUGUUUUGUCCCGCCGUGGUCCCUUUAAUGUGACCAAGAUAAGCUACAUUGAUAAUGAUGACUCGGAGGAUGUAGAUUUCAGUCUGUUUGACAAGGUCAUCAAGUAUGCCUUAUCUCAUGAUACUCAGCAUUUGGAAAUUGACUUGCAUGCCUUGAAUACUCAUAUUGAUGAGAAUUACGAAUUCUCCGAGUUGUUUGGCACAAUCUCCAAUUGUAAUCUCAAGACGUUGAAAAUAAGAGUUGUCUGGAUUGAUGACGCAUUUGUAGCUUGUGGCUUCAGUUUGCUGACAACUUUUACAUUUGGAAGAUUGUUUCUUAUCUUCUUCUCUGCUCGAGGACUUCGAUCCUUUCUCGAAGUUUCCCUGUCUGAAUAA